AUGCAAGUUGCAAUUCCAGAAACCAUGAAGGCUGUCGUCAUUGAAGACGGUAAAGCGGUUGUUAAAGAGGGCAUUCCCAUUCCUGAAUUGGAAGAAGGAUUCGUAUUGAUUAAGACACUCGCUGUUGCUGGUAACCCCACUGAUUGGGCACACAUUGACUACAAGAUCGGGCCUCAAGGAUCUAUUCUGGGAUGUGAUGCUGCUGGCCAAAUUGUCAAAUUGGGCCCAGCUGUCAAUCCUAAAGACUUUUCUAUCGGUGAUUAUAUUUAUGGGUUCAUUCACGGAUCUUCCGUAAGGUUUCCUUCCAAUGGUGCUUUUGCUGAAUAUUCUGCUAUUUCAACUGUGGUUGCCUACAAAUCACCCAAUGAACUCAAAUUUUUGGGUGAGGAUGUUCUACCUGCCGGCCCUGUCAGGUCUUUGGAAGGUGUAGCCACUAUCCCAGUGUCACUGACCACAGCCGGCUUGGUGUUGACCUAUAACUUGGGCUUGGACCUGAAGUGGGAGCCAUCAACCCCACAAAGAAAAGGCCCCAUCUUAUUAUGGGGCGGUGCAACUGCAGUAGGUCAGUCGCUCAUCCAAUUAGCCAAUAAAUUGAAUGGCUUCACCAAGAUCAUUGUUGUGGCUUCUCGGAAGCACGAAAAACUUUUGAAAGAAUAUGGUGCUGAUGAAUUAUUUGAUUAUCAUGAUAUUGACGUGGUAGAACAAAUUAAACACAAGUACAACAAUAUCUCGUAUUUAGUCGACUGUGUCGCGAAUCAAGAUACGCUUCAACAAGUGUACAAAUGUGCGGCCGAUAAACAGGAUGCUACAAUUGUUGAAUUAAAAAAUUUGACAGAAGAAAACGUCAAAAAAGAGAACAGGAGACAAAACGUUACUAUUGACAUAAUAAGGCUAUAUUCAAUAGGUGGCCAUGAAGUACCAUUUGGAAACAUUACUUUACCAGCCGACUCAGAAGCUAGGAAAGCUGCAAUAAAAUUUAUCAAAUUCAUCAAUCCAAAGAUUAAUGAUGGACAAAUUCGCCAUAUUCCAGUAAGGGUCUAUAAGAACGGGCUUUGUGAUGUUCCUCAUAUCCUAAAAGACAUCAAAUAUGGUAAGAACUCUGGUGAAAAACUCGUUGCCGUAUUAAACUAG